AUGCAAUUUUCAAAAGCAGACCUCUGCCCGCGCCCCGCGCCCGUGCGGGCUCCGUCACCGGCCCCCCGCGCAGGGCAGCGCCCGGCUGCUCCUCCUGACCGCCGAGACGCCUGUCCCUGUGCGAGCCCUGCGAUACCCGCCUGCUGUGCCCCUCCUCACUGCCGCCCCACCCAUGCAGAUGCAAAAGUCCAAGUGCUGGACAAUCAAAACGUGUCGAAUGGAUGUGUGAGUAAAAUUUUGGGCAGGUAUUACGAAACUGGCUCCAUCAGACCCAGGGCAAUCGGAGGUAGUAAACCGAGAGUAGCGACUCCAGAAGUUGUAAGCAAAAUAGCGCAGUAUAAACGAGAGUGCCCCUCCAUCUUUGCGUGGGAGAUUCGAGACAGAUUACUGUCGGAGGGGGUCUGUACCAACGAUAAUAUACCCAGCGUGUCGUCGAUUAACAGAGUCCUCCGCAACCUGGCUAGCGAAAAGCAACAGAUGGGCGCCGAUGGGAUGUACGACAAGCUAAGGAUGCUCAACGGGCAGACGGGCACCUGGGGCACCCGGCCAGGCUGGUACCCCGGCACAUCGGUUCCCGGGCAGCCCGCGCAAG